GGCUCUGCUGUGUGCUUUCCCUGCGCCGGAGCCAAGGGCGAGGAAGCAGCCGCAGCCCGCGGGGCUGCUCUUGGGAUGGAGCCGAGCAUCCGCUGCGAGCGCGCCCCAGAGCACGGCACGGUAUUAGCUGGUGGAGACUGUUCCCAACUCGUCUUCAUGCUGCCCAUUUUCUUCUCUACAUUUAUCCUGUCUGCUUGCUGCGUAACCAAAGGGAACUCCAUCUCCUAUGAUGAGCUGAAAGAGCUGAAGACUGAAUUUGCCAUCAGUCUCUACAGGCACAUCUCUGAAGCAGAGAACAGGACCAAUCUGGUAGUCUCUCCAGCAAGUGUGGCUGUUUCUUUGGAGCUGCUGCAGUUUGGAGCUCAAGGAAAUACUUUUACAGAGCUGCAAGAUGCCCUAGGAUACAGCAUUCAUGAUGAAAGCGUGCAGGAUUUCAUGCACACGGUGGAUGAGGCAGUGACUGACUCCAGCCAAGGGACAGUGGUCCAGCUGGGAUGUUCCCUCUUUGUGGACGCGGGUGUGCAGCUCUCACCCGACUUUGCUGAGCGCGCCGCACGCUGGGCCAACAGCAGCCUGCUGCAAACCAACCUCACUGACCCCAACACCACCCACAGACAGGAAUGGAUCACCACUGACCCUGCAGAUGGGGAUGUGCGUGGGAUGACACUGGAGAGCACUGGCUCAUCUCUCAGCCAGGUCACCCUGGUGAGCACCCUGUACUUCAGAAGCAUGUGGCAAAAAAAGUUUUCCCUCAUGGAUUCCCAGAUGUUGCCUUUUACCACGCCAGAGGGCUCGACCCUGAAAGUGCCUACCAUGCACCACACAGCUGAAGUCAACUACGGCCAGUUCCAGACUGCAGCUCUGGAGGCUUUCAGCAUGGUCGAGUUACCCUACCUGGGGGAGGAACUCAGCAUGUUCCUACUGCUUCCCAGCCACAAAAGAACACCUUUGUCCCAGAUUGAGUCUCACCUUUCUGCCAAAACCAUAACCCUCUGGGCCAACAGCUUGAAGAGAACAAAGAUGGACAUUUUUCUGCCUAGGUUCAGUAUUCAAAGCCUUUUUGACCUGAAGACAGUUCUUUCUGCGUUGGGAAUUAGAGAUGCAUUUGAUCCCAUCACUGCUAAUUUUAAAGGCAUUUCAGAGCAAGAUAGUCUUUAUAUUUCAGAAGCUAUUCACAAAGCAGAGAUUGAAGUAACAGAAGAUGGUACAAAGGCAUCAGGAGCUACAGCAAUUGUCUUACUAAAAAGAUCUCGAGCACCUAUUUUCAAAGCAGAUCGACCUUUCACAUUUUUCCUGAGACAAGCUAAUACAGGUAUGUAUGCUCUGCCUUUCAGGAGCAGAAUCCCUCACAAGUAGCACUGAAAUCAAUGCAAUUAGCACACCAUUCUUCAGGCAACUUUAAACAACCAUGGAAACAGUGGGGUUUGGGGUUUUAAAGCAUAGAUUUUAAUUUCCUUAAAAAGAAUGUCUAAUAGUCAUGGAAGUCUAGGAAGCCUCAAAGAAGAUUAGCCUCUUCUUUGCACAUGCAGUAUGUGCUCAAAAAAUUUCUAUCAAAAUUAUAGGCACUAGAGACAUCUCACAGAUGCUGAAUACUCCAGUGUCAGAAAAUGAUCUCUUCAGGACAAUUCAAAUUACCAAUGGGCUAGACCAGCUGGAUUAACAUCUGAAGUAGUUAAAAUAGAAACCUUUCCCUACAAAGGAAACUUAUUCAUGCCUAUACUGAUAGCAAACAGACUUCUGCCAAAAAACGUUUCUCUGCAACUGUUAAAUCUUUUCUUGCAAAUGACCUCCUCUAGCCCCCAAACCACCCCAGAACCCCAAACAGAACUGCAGGGAAUGUCUUAGAGUGAAGAGUCACAGUACUCCUUUAGCUUCAGCAGUGAAUUACAAAUUUCAGAGUCUGUUUCAGAUGUCCAAUCACAUUAAGUUACUCCCGAAUGUAUGCCAAAAGAAAACACUCUUCCUUGUUGGCAAUAAUAAACAACUGCAUUAUGCACCAUUUAGCAGGUAUUUGCCACUCUGAAGCAUCAGGCCAAUCUCCAACAACUCUUAUCAUUCUUAAGUAUGCAGUAAUUUUGCACCUGAAGUACAAAGUUUCUAGAAAUCUGAAGUUUCUAGAAAUCGUUACAACCACCACGUUUCUCUUAUAACUGGGGUCACAGCCAUUUAGAUUUUCAAGGAACAUAUAGACAUUUAUAGGGUUCAGUAAAACACUGGGGCCUAGGCACAAAGACAGAAAUCAUUUCCCUUACCUGCUUCCAAGCAAUACACGCUGUUCUUUUAGUGAAUACCUGUGUAUGUAACAUUUUGUUUUAAAAACCUGUACCCAAAUGUUGACCACAGUGCAAGCACCCAAAGAGAGAAUUACUGCCUUGGCUGGAAUUUUGUUUUAAAUAUGCUUUGGCAACCAUUACCAGUCAACAAAUAAAAGUAUUUUACUUGGCAAAUGCAGAAUUUUAAAAUAAAAAGGCAUUUUUAAUAAACUCACCUAUGAAACAUGAACCACAGACUCUUCAGGAUUAAGAACAAACUUACUUUGGUGAAUAAAAUGGUCAGUUCACAGUAUACAUAUAUGAAUUAUACCAAGAGGAAGGAAAUCAGAUUAUAAAAUAAGAUUUUUAUGUGAAGCAUAAAAUACAUACCUUCCAACCAACUCAAAAAUAUAUUUCUGUAAUUCAAGCUUUUUAAUGCAAAAAAGUGAAAACAUUCAUCAUUUUGUUUGUUCAGACUUUGUGAUUCAUGUUUUUGAGUUAUGUAAAACUUGAACAGGUAAAAAAACCUAUUUUUAUCUACCUGUCCAGAAGUGCUUAAAACUUCUAUGCCCAUAAAGUUCAUAAUGAAUCUUUAUGUAGACCAAAAGUAUUCAUUGCAUCAAUUUUCUAGUAAUAGCAGAAAUAUGUUUUCCAAUACUUAAAAUAGCAUAGUUCUGCUCAAAUAAACUGAAAAAAAUUCGGAGUUUUUUAUUCUGAAUUUCAGGUUUGAGUACAUUCCCUUUGAAGGACAAGCAAGGUAACAGCAAUGCAAAUAACCAAACAAAUCCAAUGAAUCUGAGGCAAUCAUUUCAUUCUCUUCUGUAACUAAAAUACAAACAUAUGAAAGCAAUGAACUUAGGUUCUGUUUUGCUCAGUGUAAGUUUCAGAUUUUGGCAGGUUCCUGGUUUCGGCUACCAAUUAUUUGGAAAGGUGUUUUUAAUACAGAAAUGUUUAAAUUAUUUUAAGACAAGCAUGCAGUCAGUUUUUCCAUACAAGCAAUGAAUGGUUCUAUGAUCUGCUCAUUCUAUGUCUAACUUAGGUAGUUAAACUGUACUACACUUUGAAAAUGGGACCCCAAACUGAAAUAAUCUUAAUAUUGUUUUCAUUUACAGGUUCAGUAGUUUUUAUAGGAAGAGUUACAAAUCCUUCAUAAUAAGCACUAAAUGCAUACAUUGACUUCUGUUCCUACGAUUCCUCCAAUGAAAUUAAAGGCUACAUUGUAUGUAUUUAUUAAAACAGUUUCCACUACCUUAUUACAUUGUAGAAACUGUUGAAACUUAGAGCUGUCUAGGAAUCAUCAGCACCACAACUCCAGCAAAGACAGUAUCCAAAUAAACAGUUGCAAAAAAAUGGAACAGGUUUAGCCUCCUAAGUAUUUAGCAAUGAGUCAACAGCUUCUCCUCAACUUCAUCACAGUUAAAGUCAGCUUGGCUGUUGCUGAGUAUAUAGGUCAUCUGAAUGACAGCAACCCCCAAAGCUUUGCAAUGUUCUUUUUCAAGCACAAUUGUAUUUCCCUGUCCUGAAGUCAAAAGCUUAAGAAUAAAACUGAAUUCAGUCUGACCUCAGACAGUUAUAAUCCAGCUGAUAUAGAAGGUAACAAGCAAGCAGCAAAGUGCCAUGAAAAGAAAAUCAAGUUGAAAGGCUGUUUCAAAACUGACACAAUCAUAAAAUCAUUAAGGUUGGAAAAUAUCUCUUAGAUCAUAGAGUCCAACCAUUAACCCAGCACUGCCACGUCCACCACUACACCAAGUCCCUAAACACCACAUCUACACACUUUUUGAACACUUCCAGGGACGGUGAUUCUACCACUUGGCAGGGCAGCCUGUUCCAGACAGGGGAGGUAAGAAGCAGAAAUACCCAUUCGGGGACCAAACAUACACUGCCAAAAAAGGUAGCAGUGCUACCUGUACUGCCUUUGAAUCGUACACAACGACAGACAUUCCAGAAGAGUACUGAAUAUGAUUACUGGCAUCAGUAAUGGGGGGUGUUUUUCAGCACUCUGAACAAAAGCUGGCAUACGGCAAGUAUUCAGCAACUCAUGGCACAAGCAUCAGAAAACCAGGCCCAUAAGGAUUUUGGGUGAAGACUGCAAACUGACUCCCAAGAAAAGCAUCAGAGAGAACUGCUUUAUUCAGCUCUGACUGAAUCAAACAAAGCCUUCCAGAUAAUCCAGAGCAUCCAGCACAGCUGAAAGACAUGGCCAGUAAAGCAAUCAGCGAUAUUUUGUGACAAGGCAAGAGCAUUCUGUGUGUGUUCCUGCACUUCUAAACACAUAAAAUCUUCUGACACAGACGUGCAGCCUUCCUCAAACACUACUGACCCCUGCUUUACUGCACUGUAUCCGUCAAUGAAACUGCAGAUAUGCACACAAAACAUCACUUUGUUAUGCUGGUCACCAAAAGUGCAAAGUGCACAAGAUGCCCUACUGUAGCUGCAAUUCAGCACUAGCGCUUUCACUCAUUCUC